UUUCGUAAUACGAGGCUCAAUGUCGGCAACGCGGAUACACCAGAAUAAACCCGAAAUUAAACUACUCGUCGAGUGUAAACAUAUGACGUCAUUAAUCGAAAAUCACUGUAUUUCUCAGGAUAAAAUGGUUUCAAGGCAUGAAUGAAACAUAAAACAUCGGAUCAAAUCAUCUACUACGCUCCUGCUGCUCUCCGUACUUCGUUUAACAUGGAUAGUGUAUGUUCCAAUCGUUCCAAUCUCCUCGAAUAUCCAAUGGAGGGUGGAAUCACCAAACGACCAGAUGGUGUUAAUCAUGCCAACAACGGCUUUGGAACCCAGUUUAUGACUAUCGCACCACCACUGUUAAAAUGCGAGGAUGAGUUAAUUUGGUUGAAUAUGACGAACCCAGCCUAUCAUAAGCCAGUUUACAACAGCGCUAUAAAUGAAUCGAAGACCACCGGAAAGGAUGCCAAGAAUCUCAUAAUGCAAUCCUUUCGUCAAGCCUUGAGCAUACAAGAUCAGAAUGAUCUUCUACGAGAACUGGAGAAAGACCCAGAAAUGGUGUACAACGUUGGAUUGACUCCAGAUAAACUCCCUGAUCUAGUGGAGUAUAAUCCCCUCGUAGCAAUUGAGAUCCUUUUGAAAUUGAUUGAUUCCUCACAAAUUACGGAAUAUUUUAGCGUGCUUGUAAACAUGGAAAUGUCUCUGCAUUCAAUGGAAGUGGUAAACAGGCUGACUACUUCUGUUGAGCUUCCCACGGAGUUUGUUCAUCUGUACAUCAGCAACUGCAUUUCAUCGUGCGAAGCGAUCAAAGAUCGUUACCUACAGAACCGUUUGGUGCGACUUGUUUGUGUAUUCCUGCAGAGCCUAAUCCGGAACCAUAUAAUAGAGACGAGCGAAUUAUGCAUCGAGUUGGAAGCAUUCUGUGUUGAGUUCAGUCGCAUACGAGAGGCAGCAGCCUUGUACCGUCUGCUCAAACAACUCGAGUCUGAUUCAAGCAGUUCAACUAACAAAAUAAAAUAAAACACUACACAUAAAUGUCAAUCAAUUACUUUUAUUUUGAAUACACCUAAGUGUAUCAAUGUUCGGCGAAAAAUUUUAUGUGGCUCAAUAUUGUACUCAACUUCAAUUAGGGAACCUGCAGUCAACGAUCUAAGCAGUCUCUCAGUAGGAUCAAGGUAGAAUAUGUGCUUUACCCCAGGAUCAUCAUCAUCUAGAUAACUGAUAGCAACUCGAU